AUUCAGACGGUGGCGACAAUUCACCGGAUGCCAACUGCUGCACAUACAACAGAAGAAGAAAUCUGAACGGAAGUUGGCUGGUGGAGGCCGAGCGAGUAUUUUUCAUGCGGCUUGUUUUAGUCAACACUGUUAAAUUCUGGUUUUAGUCGCAUCAUUUGCGCAGCCGAUUCGGUAAAUAUGUCGUCGGUUUUGUGUUUCAGAAAAUAUGUCAACGAGCGGCUGAGCGCCGCCGCUGAGGAGAUAUUAGGUGUUUUUGAAAAGACUAUCGUUGUGUACGAAGAGGAGAUCGACCGUCAGCGCAGACUACUGGAUGUCGUCCUGAAACGACACGACAAAGACCUCCCAUAUCCAUCAACCACUAAUGAUGAAAUUCUACUGGAAGCCCAGAAGCACUGUGACCAGAGGCGGAGCUCUACUCUCAACCAAGUGGAGGAACUAUGCUCUGGUCAGCAGAAGGAGCCGUACAUUUUACAGCAAGCAGCGGACAUGUUUAAAAUGAGGCCACCUCGAGAGAGCACUGACUUCAGCGUAGACCAGAAUCUGCUCAUGGGACAUGACCAGACUCGAGGUGCUGCAGAAAAAGACCAACCGCUGCCCAGCAUGGCAGUUAUAUCUGAGUCACAGGGCUCAGGUGUGUCCACACCGUACACCGACCACCACUUUGCACACAACUCACACCCAUCUAACAGCCGCGAGCACGACAGCCGAAAUCACGAGACUGCGAGUACUCAUCAGACACCUGAACACAAACCUUUCAAAUGUAUGUUUUGCGCUGAAGAGUUUCUUGACUUCCUGAAGUUAAAAAUGCACAUAAGGAGCCACACCGGUGAAAAACAUUUCACGCCAGAAACCUGUGGUAAACUGUUUCCACAGAAGCUGACCAAGCUGUUAAUGUGUAGAGUUUGUGGAAAGGAGUUCAACUGUCAAUCGAGCCACAUCAACCACAUGAAGACUCACUCGGGGGAGAAGCCGCACCAGUGCGCUACCUGCGGAAAAAGUUUCAGUCGAGUUGCCGACCUGAGGCGGCACACGAGAACUCACACGGGAGAGAAACCUUACAGCUGCAUCUACUGUGGCAAGGAGUUUCCCUACCACUCAUCGCUCACCAAUCAUGUGCGAGUGCACACAGGGGAGAAACCUUACAAAUGUAUGUGGUGUGGUAAAAGGUUUUCCCUCAGCACAACUUUGAAAAUACACACUCGAGUCCACACGGGAGAAAAGCCCUAUAUGUGCAACCUGUGCGGAAGGAAUUUUGCUCACAACACAGGACUAAGGUUACACAGAAGGGUUCAUGCUGGUGAGACCAACAUGGUCCCCUAAAACGUAUGUUUCCACACAACAAGACUGCAUUCUCCAGCUUGGUACAGAAAAUACUUUAUGGACUAAAGCCUCCAUUUUGAUGUGACAUAAUCAGAGAUAUGAUAACUAACAUGACAUAUUUUGAAUGGUAUUUGGGUUGAAGUUAGUUUGAAUAUAUAGGUUUUUGAGCACUGUUAGUAAGUAGUGGGUAGAAUCACAAAGAGCUAGACAACAAGUGAGGUCUUUCCCGUAGCAUCAGCAUCUUUAUUAAACACUAGCCUAGAGAAUUAGUUGUUUAAAAGUAAGAUGCUCAAUGUUUCCCAAUUGAUACCGGAAACCGACAAGUAUCCAAUCACUAAAUACACAAAACCAACAAUGUAAUAUUUCAAGCAAUAAUAAAGGGUUUUUUUUUUUUUGUUUUUUUUUUUUAAGAAAUGUAAUCCUGAUUUAAAACCUCGCCAGACUAAAGACGGUAUUUCUCGCAACUUUUUUAUUUAAGAAAUUGAUGAAUAUUAAACUUUGACUGCACUGGGAUAACCGUGUCAUAUAAUGCAAAACGGCCUAUAGUGUAAACGAAUAAACAAUAUUUAACUUUGACUUAAGGCUAUACAGAAGUUAAAUGUAUGGCUAAUAUUCCCCAUAUUUUUUUAAACCAUUUUUUACUUUAUCGCUGCUGAAACACACGAAUGAUUAGAAAACAUCUGAGCUCCAAUUCCUGGUUUCUGUGCCUUCGUGCUGGUUUUGACUGACGUUAGGCAACUGUUUUUUUUUUUUUUUUUUAACCGACUGAAGUCCCUGAAUUUAAUGUGAGUAUAUAUGGCAAACUGUCGUUGUAUUCCUCUGUCAGUGUAAAAAAAAAAAAAAAAAAAAAAGCUCUGUUUUAGCUCAUAUGCUAAUUAGCGCUACUCGGGAGGGGGACUGAGGCUAGCAGUAUAGAAACCGCUGCAAUUAUCGGUCAAUUUAAGAGCUGGUGUUGUAUAAUUGAAAUGAACACAUUGUCGGCUUUUUUAAAUUAUUAUUUAUCCUAUUUGAUAAUAUAGUGCAUCCCUCGUUAAAAAACAUCGAACAUCUGUGUUUAAUGCGUUGUACGGUGGUCUGUCAGACUAUUGUUCUGAAUACCCUUUAAUGAUGCCAUGGAUAUGAAUACAACUUGUUUCUAAUCAAAUGGAGUGAAAAUGCAGUUUAGUUGUGUGGAAAUGUAACUUUAGUAAGAAAAGUUAAUUGAAAUUAUGUUAUUAGGUUAUUUGCAGCAAAAUCGAUGAUGGGGUGAAGCAUGGGCAUUUCCUUUACUGCACGUCUCUUGCUUUCACAACCUGUUUUUGGUUUUGGUUAUCUGCCUCUCAAAGAAAAAAAAGAAAGAAUCCCAUAAUAAUAAAACAACAACAGAGUAUGACUGUUUAAUGUAAAGGCUGGUCAUGUUAAAAGCAUUAAAAAUGUUCAGCUAAUACUUAUUUUGCGAUUUAUACUACAGUCGGACAUUGGAGUUAUUUGUGUGCUCCCGCAGUGACUCAGUGCAGGCUGUUGUGUUUGGAUUUAUUGCCUUAGUUUAAACCCUCGCUGCAGCCUUAUUAAGUGACUUUAAAGUAAGUUUUCCGUUGUAUCUGAAGCCGAUUUCGGACACGCACUGAGGUCUGGAAUUCUCCUGUAUGUAAGAACAUGUAGAUCCAUAUGUUACUGUAUGUUAGGCAGGACUUUUCCUGCCAUCUCUGCUAUUUCAUUUAAAUUUGAACCCAGUAUUCCUAGUGAUAUGUGCACACGUGCUGGAUAAUUUACUGGAAGCGAAUGGGUGAGAGUCCUGUCUCCUGCAUGCUGAAACGAAGACUCAAGAAUCUACAUACUGUUUAAAUGUGUCUGACUGGUCCCACUGCACUCAUCAUACAUAAGCACGAAUACCUGGACUUUUAGUUCUAAAAAAAAAACUCUCUUGAAUAUUUCCUUAUACAAAUGUGCUUUGACAGUAACCACAUUGGCCUUAAUUGUUAAACGCAACUCAUCUCCGGUGUUACUGUACCACUUGAGGCUGAAUGAGGCCAACGCUGUUCUCCUCAAAGUUCGUUUUUUUCUGCUGAAUUAUUCUGCUGCAUGUUACUUUACCUUAUCAGAAUAAUUGUGUGUAAGACUUUCAUUAAAUUUCUUCCUUAGUCUGCUGGAUCUUUCACAGAGGCCAAAUCAAAUGUGAAGUUUUGAAACACACACACACCGGUUUAGAAUGGUUAUGGUUCAGGUUUCAACACUAUUACUGGCACGUCAUCUUCCGCUUAGUCCACACAGCUUCCAUUCAGUUUCUGUAAGAAGUAUACGUUUGUUACAAAGGUAGGUGUUAAUGCUGUAAUUGUUUAUUCAGUAUGACAACUGAAUUCAUAUUUUUUGUGUGGGUUUUUUUUAAAUAAAAAACUGAUAUCUUA